UUGAGGACGACUCAAUAAGCUUCCUCAACCUCCGUGAUCAAUGGAGCUCUCGCUCUCCCCCUUCUUCGUCUUCGUCUACUUCUUCCUCAGCUUGAUCUUCAUUCAACUACUGAUAAGAGUAGUAGCCAAGCCCAAAUCUCAAACCAUAGAGCUAGAGCGACCGUGCCGCGCUCCGAGCCCGUGGAAGCUCCCGGUCAUCGGUCACCUCCACCACCUCGCCCUCGGCGGCGGAGUCCCGCACCGCACGCUCCACGACCUCGCGCGGCGCCACGGGCCCCUCCUCCACCUCCGCCUCGGCGAGGUCGACCACUACGUCGUCUCCUCCCCGGAGCUCGCCCGCGAGGUGCUCACGACCCACGACCUCGCCUUCGCGUCCCGCCCCGCGCUCGCCGCCAGCACCGUCAUGUGCUACGGCAACACCGACAUCGCCUUCUCCCCCUACGGGCCCUACUGGCGCCAACUCCGCAAGAUCUGCGUCGUCGAGCUGCUCUCCGCGAAGCGCGUCCGGGGGUUCGCGGCGCUGCGGGAGGAGGAGAUCGCGAGGGCCCUCAGGGGCAUUUCGUCGAGCGCGUCGCGGGUGAACCUCUCGGAGCGGGUGUACGCGCUCGCGUACGCGAUCACGUCGAGGGCGGCGUUCGGGGCGGAGUGCCGGCACCUGGGGAGGUUCGAGGCGGCGGCGAAGAAGGCGAUCAAGGCGGGGUCGGGGUUCGCGGUGGCUGAUCUCUUUCCGUCGCUAGGGUUUCUCGGGGCGCUCACGGGGACAAGCGCGGGGAUCGAGAGGACGCACCGCGAGCUCGACGGGAUCAUCGAGGAGAUCAUUGGAGAGCACGAGGAGAAGAGGGAGAGGGCGAAGAAGAAGGGAGAAGAGUGUGGAUAUGAUAUUCCCGAGCCCCCUCACCGCGUUUGUGUCCAGGACGUGUUCAUCGCGGGGACGGACACGACGGCGACGACGCUGGCGUGGGCGAUGUCGGAGCUCCUCCGCCACCCCGACGCCAUGGCCAAGGCCCAGUCCGAGCUCCGCCGAUCCCUGCGGGGCGGCGGCGGCGCCGAGCUCCGGGACGAGGACGUCGCCUCCCUCCGCUACACGAAGCUGGUGGUGAAGGAGACGCUGCGCCUCCACCCGCCGCUCCCGCUGCUGCUCCCGCGCCUCGCCCGCGAGCCCCGGCGCGUCGGCGGCCACGAGAUCCCCGCGGGGAGCCGCGUCCUGGUGAGCGCGUGGGCGAUCGGGAGGGACGCGCGGCGUUGGGGCGACGACGCCGAGGCGUUCCGCCCCGAGAGGUUCGACGAGGAAGGGGAAGGGGAAGGGGAAGGGGAGGGGGAGAAGUGGAUGGGGUUCGAGCACUUGGCGUUCGGAGCGGGGAGGAGGAUGUGCCCCGGGAUGGGGUUCGGGAUGGCGAGCGUGGAGGCGGCGCUCGCGAGCCUGCUCUGCUUCUUCGACUGGGAGCUCCCCGAGGGGACGGAGGCUGGGGAUUUGGACAUGGGCGAGUUGGUUGGGGCGGUGGUGGGGAGGAGGUCGGAUCUCUGGGCGGUCGCGAUUCCCUAUCGGCCAAUUUGAACUGCUACUUGUUCUAUUUCAACCUUUCAAAUUAAUUAAGCUAAAUUAAUUUAACUUUGCUUAUUAUAAAAUAAAUGUAAAUUACUAUAUUUGCUGGAAUCAUUAAUUUGUGAUGAUAUAUUCUCUAA